UGCAAAAGUCAGAUGCCAAAUUUUCGACAUAUUUAUAAUAUAAUAAUCUAAUACUUAUUGGUUGAAUUGACCCAACAUUAAUAACAUGUAACAUCCUAAUUUUAUAAAAGAACAGUAUGGAAAAAAUGCCAGAAGUGACCCGAUGUUUUGGUAUGUUCCCGGCAAAACAUGCAACUUAUUUAAUAUCUUUGGUCGGGUUGGGAAUGGGAGGCCUUGGAUUAACUGGAAUAGUGUUAUACGGCCUAAUAGAGAAGGCCGUUACAGCGUUUCUUUUCCAACAUUCCAAAGGCCCAGUAGAUGACACAGUGAAGAAAUGUGUACUUCUAACAUUAGGAUUGACGUCUUUACUCCUGACUAUCGGCGGCGCCCUUAUGUUUUUGGGAGCUACUUCUAACAAUCCCGGUCCCUUGGCAGUAUCGGUAUGGAUUAUAUUUGCCAUGAACUUAAUUAAUAUAACUUUAUGUAUCGCAGCUCCGCUGUCUUGUUUCUUUAUGGAUACGUUAUGUGUUGUAAAAAAAUUGUCGUUUACCUCAAUAGUAUUUCUGUUUUUCAUAUUGACAAUUUUUCUAGAAUUCUGGGUGUACUUUAUGCUUGUUGCGAAUACCUAUCUCAUGGAAAUUACUUAAAUAAAUUAUAUAUGUUUUUAAGCCUUACU